AUGAUCCAUGAAUGUACAGUUCUGCGAGCACCCAUUUUCAUUGCAUUCAAUGUAUACCAAGCAGACAAUACAAAACUCAGUAAGCAGCUCACAUUGCCCACUUUACAAGGCCAAGUGGAUUACCGUCUGGUGGGAGUAAUUUAUUUUGGAGGAUUUCAUUUCACCUGCCGCAUUAUCUCAACAGAUGGCAAAAUAUGGUUCAAUGAUGGAAGAGAGACAGGUAAAAAUGUACAAAUGAGGGACAAUUAA